UUUUUCGGUAUCUUUACCCGUUUUCGGCGCGGUCAUACCGGGUUCCACGCCAGCUUAAAAUUUGGACUCCUUUUAAUUCAUGAUUUUUUGGUAACUUUGACUGCAAUUUGGAGAGCGACGCGACGCCCAGGAAGCCAGGAAACCUACAGCCCAAGCGAUCCCCACCAGCCGAGUGCCAGCCUAAAGAGAGAGAUCAGCCAAGAUGAGCAUACCGAACGAGUAUAUAGCGAAAACGGAGGAUGUGGCGGAACAGGUUAUCAAGCGCGGCAAGAAUGUGCUGCCCACGGUGGCCCGUCUGUGCCUCAUCGCCACCUUCUUCGAGGACGGCCUGCGCAUGUACUUCCAGUGGAACGAGCAGCGCGAGUAUAUGGACAUGAGCUGGGGCUGCGGCAAGUUCCUGGCCACCGUCUUUGUGCUGGUCAACCUGCUCGGCCAGCUGGGCGGCUGCGGCAUGGUGAUGGCCCGUUUCAAGGUUGACAUUGCGGUGGGCCUGCUCUUCUUCAUUGUGGUGCUGCAGACCGUGGCCUACUCCAUUCUGUGGGACUUCCAGUUCUUGCUGCGCAACUUUGCUCUUAUAGGCGCCCUGCUGCUCGUCUUGGCCGAGGCCAGGAUAGAGGGACGCAGCCUGUUCGCCGGCGUGCCCUCGAUGGGCGAGAACAAGCCCAAGAACUUUAUGCAGCUGGCCGGCCGCAUUCUGCUGGCCUUCAUGUUCAUCACCCUGAUCCGAUUCGAGCUGAGCGUGUGGCAGGUUAUCCAGGACAUCAUCGGCUCCAUUCUGAUGGUCCUGGUCGUGCUGGGCUACAAGACGAAGCUGUCCGCCCUGAUCCUGGUGGCCCUGCUCACAGUCCUCAAUCUGUACCACAAUGCCUGGUGGACCAUUCCGUCCUACAAGCCACUCAGGGAUUUCUUGAAAUACGACUUUUUCCAGACUCUUUCGGUUAUCGGCGGUCUGCUCAUGAUUGUGUCCUUGGGCCCUGGCGGCGUUUCCAUGGACGAGCACAAGAAGAAGUGGUAGAGGUCGCCCUUUGCACGAAACACACUUUCAACAAUUGACUUUUACCGUGUUUUACUCUUUCCGAGAAAUGUUAGUUAGGAUUUACCAUAAAAUGGGACAGCAACAGGAGCAGCAUCAGCAGCACAACACCGGCACGUAUGAGAACUUGACAAUUUUUUAAAUAAAGGGACUUCCGCAAUACCCCUCCUCCAACCCGGCUCACUCAUACCCCAAAUACCAUCAUUCGCGCACAUUCAACGACAAACUUCGACUACAUUUAAGACAUUUUCUUUUUGUACAUAACGAGAAAGCAAGAAAAAAGUGUGGCCCCUUUCGAGCCCGCCCACUUUCCCCCAAAAUAAGAGAGACAUAACUGAUUUUUGUAUCUACGACGCUUCUCAACAUCCAUAUAUUUUUCGCCGAUUUUUUAUAUGAUUUGUACGCUCUUAUAAAUAAGUUGUAACCUUGGUGUUUGCGUUUUGUUGUUUGCUAGAAGUUUGAAAAUGAAAACGAUGUAUAAAAUAUGAUGUACCAAUUGACAAUGAUUUGUUUCUUUCGUUUAUAAGCAAAAGUGUAAUAGAAUUAAAUUGUAACGUUUUAAUAAACAUAAAGAAGAAAACCUGAA